GAUCUCCAAAAGGACACUAGCUGCGAUUCACAAGCAUGUCAGUACUGCCCCGAGGGUUUGAGUGCGUCAGGCCGGCGCCUCGGUACGGCUGCGUGCAGGGCGAAUACAGCAUCUACUACAAGCGGCCCAGGUGCGGACAGCCGCGACCGCAGCCCUUCCAGAGGGAGUGCACGGCAUACUGCUCCGGCCCCACUAAUGCUCCUUUAGAAAGGCCCUGCUGCUACGAUUACCCUUGUAAGGCGCAUUGCUUCAACCACGGCGCGUGCACGCGGCCUAGCGGGCGGUACGCUCGUACGGUGUGGUACCCUGGUGAAUGCCGUCCCGCAGUACCUCCUUGCCAGGCCUUCACGUGUCCUAACCCGCCGUUCCAUCCUUGCUGCUACCACACUUGUAACAAGCUUGUGUAACACCUACAAAACUAUAACAACGUCUCAGAUCAAAUUGUGGCGCUGAAACUACUGAAGUCCUGAGUCUUCGAGCCUCUAAGGGUCGGAGAUUGUGAUGUGUUGUAAACAUGUUUGUGAAUCGUCGCUAAUGUCGUCCAAUAAACGUUAAACCUAAUUUA